AUGGCGCACGAGACGAUCACGUUGAACCGACAAAUACUCAGACGAGGACACCCUCGAACGCACCCGGCGUACAUCAAGGACGUAACCGCAGAGGGAACCCUCGAGUUCAGUGUGAUGGCUUCGGCAGAAGAAGGCGCGAUUCCGUGGUGGGUGGAGAUGGAGAAGAUCAAUAUCAGGGUAGCACAGCUGCAGAGCGACAAGUUGGGGACGGAGCAAAGCACAAGCGUAGUCCGCGAGCAAGUGGGUUGCGAGCUGUCGAGGACGACCUCACAGGAGGAGAGUGGUCUCCCAAGUGUUGGAAUCAUUAUGGACAUCCUCUCUCUCUUUUUCGUGGAAGAACUUGCACGAUUUCGUCGUGGAUUGAGAAGGCGAAGAUCAACAUCGGGGCUGGAGAUUGACAAGUUGCGGAUGGAAGGAUGGGUUAGCGUAAUCGAGCAAGUCUUCCUGAGGGUGGGUCGCAGUGCCGUGGAGCCGUCGAGAAGGAGGAAGAUGAUGAGUUCCCUUGCCACGAAAUCAAUACAUGCUCAUCCAACUCGUAGGGGCGAACGUGGUCUGGGGAGUAGAUCAUUGGUGCACGAGGGAACUACAACGGGUGUAUGA